CCCUCGUUGUUGUGGCUCGCUGGUGUUUGGGAGGACUGGAAGUCAGGUGGUGGCGGAGACUGAGCAGACAGAUCUCCCACGUGUUGAACGGAGACGGACGCUGGCUGGGGCGGUUGGUUUGAGGUGUCACGUUCUUACCGGGUACCUGGGCCGCCUUUUCCUCACCCCGGGGUCACUGAGCCGCCAGUGGAGACAGUUAGGUUUUUCAAAAGCAUUCUAUAGUGCCUUCAAAACAAUGGAUUCUGUUGAAAUGGCUGCAAUUUCCUUGAAGCGUCCUCUUUCAACUGAGGACCUCAUUGCAGAUGAAUCAAAGAAACCAAGACUGUCAGAAAGCUCCUUUAUUGAACAAUCUGUAAAUGAACUUCAGGAGGCUGUAGUACAAUCUGAAAAAGCCAUAGAAAAAGAGCAUGCUACCAAAGUGCUAACGCAAAAAAAUGAGGAUGAGGAAAGCGAGGGUGAAAAUGAGCUGCUGGUGGAGGAGUCUGAAGAUGGCGAUCCUGAAAGCUUUGCUGAUAUGAUGAAACAUGGAUUGACUGAACUUGACGUUGGCAUCACUAAAUUUGUGAGCUCACACAAAGGCUUUUCUGGUAUCUUAAAGGAGAGGUAUUCUGACUUUGUUGUCCAUGAAAUAGGAAAGGAUGGAAAGAUCAUAUAUCUAAAUGACUUGUCAGUCCCAGCAGAUGUUGAGGAUCCAAAAGAGGAGAUAUUCACUGUUCUUUCAGCUGAAGACAAGAAGCGUUUAGAAGAUCUUCAGCUCUAUAAAAAUAAGGAAGCCGAUGUUGCCAUUGAGGUAAUUGAUGACACCAAAGAAAAGAGGACAAUCAUUCAUCAAGCUGUGAAAGGCUUGUUUCCUGGACUUGAAACUAAAACAGAAGAUCGCGAUGGAAAGAAGUAUAUCAUAGCCUACCAUGCAGCUGGCAAAAAAGCUUUAGCAAAUCCACGUAAGCAUUCAUGGCCAAAAUCUCGUGGUAGCUUUUGCCAUUUUGUGCUUUAUAAAGAAAACAAAGACACAAUGGAAGCUAUUAAUGUGCUCUCCAAGUUUUUAAGAGUUAAGCCUAAUAUAUUUUCUUAUAUGGGGACCAAAGAUAAAAGAGCUAUCACUGUCCAGGCAAUUGCUGUUCUUAAAAUAACUGCACAGAGACUGUUCCAUUUAAAUAAGUGUUUAAUGAAUUUCAAGUUGGGAAAUUUCACAUACCAGAAGCAUCCGCUCAAAUUGGGUGAACUUCAAGGAAAUCAUUUCACAAUCAUUUUAAGAAAUAUGACUGGAACAGUUGAACAGGUAGAGCAAGCCAUGACCUCACUCAAGAAUAUUGGCUUCAUAAAUUAUUAUGGCAUGCAGCGUUUUGGUACAACUGCUGUUCCAACUUACCAAGUUGGAAGAGCUAUUCUUCAAAACAACUGGGAAGAAAUGAUAGACCUUAUUUUAAAGCCAAGACCAGGAGCUGAAAAGGGAUACUUGGUUCAGUGCAGACAAGAGUGGGCAAAUACAAGGGACCCAGAAGCUGCACUCAGAAAAUUGCCAGUCAAGCGUUGUGUGGAAGGUCAACUGUUACGUGGGCUGUCCCAAUAUGGUCUGAAGAACAUUGUGACUGCUUUUGGCAUAAUUCCUAGGAACAACCGAUUGAUGUAUAUCCACAGUUAUCAAAGCUAUGUCUGGAAUAACAUGGUGAGCAGAAGAAUUGAGGAGUAUGGACUAAAAGUUGUACCGGGUGACCUUGUACUAAAAGGAGCAACUGCAGUAGUUUUAGAAGAAAAUGACAUUGAAGGCUACAGCAUUCAUGAUAUUGUGAUGCCACUGCCAGGCUUUGAUGUAAUCUACCCAAAGCACAAACUUGCUGCAGCUUAUGAAGAAAUGCUUGCCGCUGAUAAACUUGACAUUAAGAACAUGAGGCAUAAAAUUAAAGAUUACUCUCUAGCUGGAGCUUACCGAAAAGUUCUGUUACGUCCUCAAGAUGUCAGCUGGGAAAUUGUUUCCUAUGAUGACACCAAAAUCCCUCUAGUUAGAACUGAUCUGGAAAAGCUGGAAGGGAAGCCAUUACCUGUAUUUAACAAAGACGGAAAAUACAAGGCACUCAAGAUGGAAUUUUCCUUGCCUUCCUCCACGUAUGCUACAAUGGCCAUCAGAGAAGUACUGAAAAUGGACACCAGCAUUAAGAAUCAGACUCGGCUUAACACUGUGUGGCUGCGAUAGGCUUAUUCUGUGACCUCUCCCAUUGUAUAUCGGUAGCAUUUCAUGCUCCAUUAUUUUAAUAAAUACUUUAUUUUACCCCACAAAGGGGGGGAAAAAGUAUGAGCCAUUUUAACAUGGACAAUUUUACACUUCUGUUUAUUGAGUUAUUUGAAAUGUGUGUUUUUUUUUGUGUGUGUGUGUUUUUUGGUUUAUUUUCAAUGAGUUCUGUGAGCUGCAACUUCACUAUUGGCAAAUAAAUUUGAUUCUGCUUAAUCUUCAUGUUCUACCUAGUAAUAUAUCACUAGGUUAAAUUGGGAUUAAAUUGGUUUAGGGCAAAGGUUGGGUUGAUUUUUAUUAGAUUGGCUAAUUGAUUAGUUGGCCUUCCUUUUGCUAGUCCACCUCUCUUUGUAGAGUAUUGUGGUUUAAGAAGCAGCAUAGUGGAGUGGCAUUUUGCCUCUACCUGGCGCCAAAGUAAAAUUUGAUGACAGGUGUGUGUCUAUCAACUAGCUGAUGAGUUAUUUAGUACAUAAAAUCAUUUGUGUGAUAUGGUUAUAUUACCACAUUGGAGGUGUGUGAUUCCUACAUUAAACUUUCUAUAACUGGA